GCUGCCAGCAUUCCCCCGGGCCGCGUGCCCUGCCCCUCGCGAGCGCCGCCGCGCCAAUGGAGCACGCACAGGACCCGAACGCGAGCCGCUGAUCGGCGGCACGGACCCUGCGGCGGACUCGGAGAACCAGUUCCUCAAGGACGCGUCCUCCGCGGUCCGUGCCGGCUUCAUCCAGAAGGUGUAUGGGAUCCUGUUUGCCCAGCUACUUCUGACGGCUAUCGUGGCGUACCCCUUUGUGGGCAUUCACAGCGUGAAGAUGUGGGCGCGGCAGCAAGGCUUCCCCCUUCUCGUGGUGUGCCUCGUCCUCAACAUCGCCUUCCUGUGCUCGCUGUCCUGCUGCCAGGACCUCGCGCGCAAGGUUCCAACCAACUACCUGCUCCUCUUCGGCUUCACGGCCACAGAGGGCGUGUUGGUGGGUGUGAUCUGUUCGGUGUACACCAUCAACUCCAUAUUGUUCGCCGUCGCGGCAACUUCCUUCCUCGUGGGCGGCCUCAGCUGCUACGCGAUGUAUCCAAGCGACUUCACCACGAUGGGGCCGUACCUCUUCGCGGCGAUGAUGGUGCUGAUGAUCUUCGGGCUUUUCCUGGCCUUCUUCCCCAUCCCCUUCCUGCAGACCGUGUAUUGCUGUAUUGGGAUUAUGCUGUUCUCGUUUUACCUGAUCUACGACACGCAGUUGAUUAUGGGCAAGGGGGAGCUUGCCUUGGGCAUCGACGACUACGUCCUCGGAGCGCUGACGCUUUACAUGGACU